CCGAGUGGCGUGCGUCGCAGCAUCGACUUGAGUGUUAUUGUGAGAGGGCCUCAGGUGCGACCCUCUCUGCAGGACUCCCACACGUGUGGCUGAAAAGGACAGACAUAGGCGAACAGGACUUCUACUCCUUGGGCUGGGGCCCCUGAUCCUCCUCACGGGCCGAGAGGCAUAUCUCCAAUUCUUACACCUGAAGAGGAGGAAGAGAUGAUAGGGGCUCUGGCCGCGGGUAUUAUAGUGCCUCCUGAAGUGUUGCCUUCUCCUGAACAGCUGCCCGCCCCGGAGCUAGACCCUAGUGCGCGUAUCCCCACUCGCCCAGCUCCUUCUUCCGUGGUGUUUCCUGUUAAAGAGAAUCGUAUCCUGAAGGAAGUGCAAUUAAACCCCAGGGUACCCUCCCCUCCUCCUUUGCCUUCGCCAGUGUCAGUUGUUACCGUAGAGGAUGGGGAGAUUCUGGAUCGCUCAAUUGCUUCUUCCUUGGUUGAUAACCAAAAUCCGUAUUUGAUCGAUUAGGACCUAAACCGGUCAGUCUUAUUGAUCCUCCUUCUCACGAUCCUGAAACUCAAGGAAAGGAGAAGAAGAAGAAAAAGAAGGAGCCCUCUCUGUCUUUCAGGGGCACUUAUGUGACUCCUGAAGAACUUGAUGAUGCAAUGGAACGAGAAAAGAAGAAAAGGAGAGAAGCAGCGAAGAAAAGGCGAGAAGAGCAGAAGAAAAUGAGAGAGGAGGAAGAUAUGCGAAUGAAACAAGCAGUUCAAAGGCUAAAGGAUAAGAUGAAGGAGAGAGAAGAAAAAAUGAAGAAAGGAGAAGAGAAGAAAAAGAAGAGGGAGUGACUUUUAAAAGUUUUUACAAGUAAUUAGGUUUGGCUUUUUUCUCUGACUGAUUGAAUAUUCUUUUAAUGUGGGAACACAUUUUUCAGUGAUUGUGAUGUUUUGUUUUAUG